UUUGUCCUUCCUUGACUACAUUCAUUGCCUGCCUCCCCUGUUCGCUUGUGGUCACUAGCUGACAGGAGUCAGUCCCAUCCCACACACUGGAGCUUGCCAAGUCCUUCCCACCUGGGCCUGGAGGAGAGACACCAAAGCGGGCAAGCUGGGUUUGCAUACCCAGACCAGGUGCUGCUGGAAAAUAGAUGGGGUUCCACAGCUUUCUCCUUUGGCUUUUGAUGCUGGCAAAGCAAAGUAGGUAUGUGGAUGCCCUGAGUAAAAACCGUAGCUGUGUCUCCUAUGGAUCCAAUGCUCUGACUGAGGGACUGGAGCAUCUUCAGGGCUUAAUCUUGGAAGAUGGCCGCAAUGGCACAAUCCAGUGUCCUCACAACCAGUGCUGUUUUGGCAUCUGGGACCUGAACCAAGGACAACUUCAAGCCAAGAUGCAAGGUUGCUGGAUAAGUGAAAAAGAAGCCUGUGAUUCCCCAGCUUGUGAGUUUCGCUCUUCAGCUGCCAUCACCUUGUCCUGUAGGUGCCGCUCUGAUCUGUGUAAUGCGAACAUCAGCUACGCCAAGCCUGGAAACAGACCUGCCGAGUCCUUGCCUAGUCCCGCCAAGAUUGCCUGGAUCACAGUAACCUGCCUAGUGAUCCUCCUAUGUUUCUCGGCAUUUCCAGUUCUAAGGCAUCGGAAAAUUCAUGCAGUGCUACUAAGACCAAAAGAAACUGGAGAACUCAACAAGGUAACGACAGGCUCAGAACUAAAGGAUGAGAAAAAACUGCCCAGGCUAGAAGUUCCAGAUCUCCAAUUCAUUCAGCUUCUCCACGAAGGGCAGCUUUCUAAACUGUGGCAAGGAACCUUCAGCCAGCAACCUGUAGCCAUCAAGGCCUUUCCUCCUUUGUGCCACCAACAAUUUGCAUCUGAGUGGGCCGUGUACAGCCUCCCAUUGAUGAACCACGAAAACGUGGCACGACUUGUGACUGCUGGAUAUGGGGGACCAAGUGAAGAACCUUGUGGUCUCCUGGUACUGACACUGUACCCAUUGGGAUCCCUACGGAACUUCCUCAGCCAUCACAUUUGUUCCUGGGAUAUCAGCAUCCAGCUCGGAUCAUCCCUUGCCAGUGGCCUUGCUUUCUUACAUGAGGAGAAACGGAAGGAAGGCCUGCAUAAACCUGGGGUGGCCCAUCGUGACCUCAGUAGCCAGAAUGUGCUGGUGCGGGAAGACAGGACUUGCGUCAUAACUGAUUUUGGCUUCGCUAUGACCCUCCCUCUGCGACACGAGCAUUCAAGAAAAGAUCCUGCAGAAGCCAUCGUGCACAAGGCAGGAGCUCAACGCUACGUAGCUCCUGAAAUUUUGGAUGAGAACCUGAAUCUGCAGGAUGUGGGCUCUGCACUGAGGCAAGCGGAUGUCUAUUCCCUGGCACUGGUACUGUGGGAGAUCCUGAUGAGAUGCUCUGCACUUUUCCCAGAGAACAACAUUCCCCCAUUCCAGCUUGCCUAUGAAACAGAAUUAGGCAGCAGCCCUACGUACAGUGAACUGCGAAGGUUGGCUGUUGAGGAAAGACGAAGACCAAUUGUCCCACCAACUUGGACAAGAUUUGGGCAAGUAGCUAUUUCCUUGCAGGAGCUCCUGGAAGACUGUUGGGACCCUGAACCAGACGCUCGUCUGCAAGCUGAGUGUGCUCUACAAAGGCUGCAAAGGCUGGGCACUGAGGAUCUGGUGAACGAGUACUGAGGUCAAAGCAUUUUAGGCUUUCCACUCAGAUUUGCUUGGACUUCUUUGCUUAGAAGAACUUUAUGUUUGGCUGAGAAGAGCAAGAGGCCUUUAAGAGAAGUCCAUCCAGGUCCAUUUUCUCAAUAGGACCCUACUGGGACAUUGUCAGAGUGGAUGCGUUUUUAUAAGUGCUAUCCACUAAAUCAACUUGAAUUGUAUUUGUUAACUACUGUUAACCUGGGGGCCAUCCUAUAUAUAUAUAUAUAUUUUAAUU